AUGACGACCCAAAAACGCACCCUCGAAUUGGGCAACGUGCUCGUGGUUGGCGGGUGUGGCUUCCUGGGCUGGCACAUUGUCGAUCAUCUGUUGAACUUCCCCUCGGAGACGGAUCCUAGCAGCGAGCUCCCGAAGCCCAAAGACGAUGCUCGUUUCGAAUACCCUACCCUGGGCUCAAGAUACCCCGCAUACAAGGCUACUGUGUCGGUAGUGGAUCUUCGUACAACACACAAUCGUCUGCCCGGCGCGACUUAUUAUGACGGCGAUAUCACCUCCGUCGAGUCCAUGAUGAAGGUGUUUGAAGCCGUGAAGCCGGACCUCGUCAUCCACACCGCGACUCCGUCCGUCCUCGGCGCCAGCAAACAACUUCUUUACAAGGUCAAUGUGGAGGGUACUCGGACACUUCUCCAGGUUGCCGGCGGCGAGCACGGUAACUGGGGCGGCAAGUGCAAGGCAUUUGUCUAUACCAGCUCUAGCUCCGUCGUGCACGACACGCAGAGUGAUUUGAAGAAUGUGAAUGAGGAGUGGCCGCUUGUCCGAGGCCGUCUGCAAAUGGAGUAUUACUCUGAGACCAAGGCCGACGCCGAAGAAAUUGUUCUGAAAUACAACCGUCAAUCUCCCACGGAAAUGGUGACCUGCGCCGUUCGUCCAGCAGGCAUUUUCGGUGAAAAGGACACAACCGUGACACACAACAUCCUCGAUCACGGAUUCAAAGCCUCACAGGCCGUUCUGAACAUGCAGCUCGGUGAUAACGACAACCUCUUCGAUUUCACCUACGUCGGUAAUAUCGCCUACGCGCACAUGCUCGCCGGCCACCGGUUACUGGCGACCUACGCACGGUACGAGAGCGGCCAGGGCGGGCCCCUGGAACACGAGCGCGUGGACGGCGAAGCCUUCAAUAUUACCAACGACUCACCCGUCUACUUUUGGGAUUUGACCCGUUCAAUGUGGGCGCUGAUUGAUCGUAUUGUCGAGCCGCAGCAGGUGUGGGCGCUGCCGGAAGGUUUGCUGGACGUCGUGGGCGGAUUGGCCGAGGGAGUCAUGGGCCUGUUUGGCAAGACGCCGCGCUUGACGCGUCGUACGGUGCGAUUCUCCUGCAUGACCCGGUAUUUCUCUAUCGAAAAGGCCAAGUAUCGUCUCGCUUAUUUGCCUCUGGUCCCGGUUCACGAGGGCGUUGCCCGUGCCGUUGGGUACGUGGUUGGAUCGCAACUCCAGUCUAACGGCAAGAAGGCCCUGUAG